UACAUAUUUUUAGACUACCAUUAAAAUGACCAGUUUAAUUUUCUGGUGAACUGUUCCUUUAAGAGUCUUGAGUUUAUAACGGAGCACAGGAAUGUCGAGAAUCCAUCUCUAGACUUGCGUCUGUGUCUCAGAAUCAUAUGACUGAAAUAUAGUUCGCUGGACUCCUGAACGCGUUUCAUUCACUUCUUAGAGAAGAAACGAUCGAAAAUAUCGUAUCGUGAUGAUAUACCGGAGACACGAUCCAGAUGCAUAUUAAUCAGAUCUACUGCGAAAUAUCCCGCUUUGUCGGAUAAAAUCAGAUCAUCUGGAUUUACUCUGGUUUCCUGUCGGGGGAGGAGCAGCAGCAUCUUGUAUCACAGAACCACGUCACUGUCAAAGUUUUAGAAAACUUGAGAUUCAAGCCCCUUCUGUUUUUCUUCCUGGAGGAUAUCUGUGUCGUUGGGAGAGAUGCAGACGGGAUUUCGAUUAAAGUUAACCCCCGUUAAAGAGCCUCUGGGUUUUGUGAAAGUCGUGGAGUUGCUCACGGCUGUGCUUGCAUUCGGGACCUGUGGAGGAUAUACUGGCAGAAAUGUGGUUUCCAUCUUCUGUGGCGGAAGCAGCAAUGAAACCCUCAGUCCCACUUUCACCUACCCAUUCAGGUUAAACCAGGAGCUGCUGGUGGAGAACACCACUCUUUGCAACCGCACAGUUGCUGCAACUCAUCUUGUUGGAGACUCGUCGUCCUCGGUGGAGUUUUUCGUGGCUGUGGCCGUCUUGGCUUUCCUCUAUUCAAUGGUGGCUCUGCUGGUCUAUCUGGGCUACAUGCAUGUGUACCGAGACUCAGACUUCGGACCGAUGUUUGAUUUCGUGCUGACAGCAGUCUUUGCGUUCCUGUGGCUGGUGUGCUCGUCUGCUUGGGCUCGAGGUCUGCAGACGGUGAAGGACGCCACCGGUACGGCUGGCAUUGAAUCCACUCUGGCGCUCUGUAGGGACAAUGUCAAAUGUGAAGUCACUGAUUACGCCAGCAUGCGCUCGCUCAAUAUAUCUGUGAUAUGUGGUUUCUUGAAUCUCAUCAUAUGGGCUGUGAACGCCUGGUUUGUGUAUAAGCAGACACGCUGGCACUCUCAGAAGGUCAACGCUCAACGGGGUCCAAAUCCUGCACCCAUCUAAACAAUUACCCCCAGCAUAAUGGUGCCCACCGUAGCCUUUAUGAAAAACACACAGUAACAGUUUAUGCUUUAUGCAGUUUGUCUGUAAGAACAAUAAUCAUAUGACUGCCGUCUUAAUUUGUGAAAUGUCCAUCUUCUCCUUUUCUGUUUUUUAUGUUUUGAUUUCUGGCAUACUUGAAGAAAUAUCUUCAAUUAUAUCAGAAAUAAUAUAUAUAUAUAUAUAUUUUUUUUUUUUUGCUUUUAAUGGAAAUGCAAGUUUUUUUUGCAAAUGUACAAUUACGAGAAAUGCUACAUUUAUGAUGUAUUUUUAUUGUCAACUCAAGUAGAAAAAUCUUGAGAACAAUUUUUUUGUCAACCUCUAUUCCUUUAAGUGUCACACAGCAUAUUUUCUGAGCAUUUUUGCAUUUAAAACUAGCAGUUUCUUAUUUCUUAUCAAAUUCCUUAUUGCGUUUAUAUUGUUAUCUAUGCCCAUUUUAUUCAGUAUUACACUUCAGUGAAUUUUUAAUGGUGCUGAAGUUUUGUUUUGGAAGGUCUUCUCUCUUUUCUUCAGGCAAGCGUUGUUUUCCUGUCAUUUUUUGAUUAAUAAAACUGACUGUGAAGAG